GUCUCAGGGAGAGAGAUAGAGAGAGAGAGGAGGAGGGUUGCAUUUCGCAUUUCUGUUCCUCGCCUGCCUUUGAGUUUGAAAUUUCUGGUCUCCGAAUCCGUUUCGUCAACGUCAGCGGUCUCCGAUUCUCUCUCCCGAUCUCCGAUCUCUCGCGCGCGCGCGCGGCGGCGAGCUCCCUCGAAUCCGCCCGGCGCCUCGCCGGAACCCUACGGCCGGCGCUCCCGCAGAUCUCCGCGUCAGAUUCGGAUCGAUCGGUCGGUCGGUCGGUCGGUGGGCUCUGGUCCGUUCAUGAUCUGAUCGCCUCCCCCGGUGAAGGAAUCGCGGUCGAUCCUGCUUCGCUCGCGCGCGUGCUUCCCCGAUCGGAGUCGAACAUGGAGGCGAUCGAUGAGUUGGUCCAGCUCUCGGACUCGAUGCGGCAGGCGUCGGCGCUUCUCGCCGAUGAGGACGUCGACGAGAGCUCCUCGUCGUCUAAGCGCAGCGCCUCUUUUCUCAACGUCAUCGCUCUUGGCAACAUCGGUGCUGGAAAAUCUGCUGUCUUAAAUAGUCUCAUUGGCCACGCUGUCCUGCCAACUGGUGAGGGAGGAGCUACUCGGGCUCCAAUAUGCAUUGACUUGAAUAGGGACGAUUCUUUAAGCAGCAAGUCGAUUGUUUUGCAAAUUGACAACAAAUCUCAACAAGUUUCUGCAAGUGCUCUUCGCCACUCCCUACAAGAUAGACUAAGCAAGGGUGCAUCAGGAAGAGGUCGGGAUGAAAUAUACUUGAAACUCCGUACUAGCACAGCUCCACCGUUAAAGCUCAUUGAUUUACCUGGAUUGGAUCAAAGAGUCAUGGAUGAUUCAGUGAUCAGCGAGUAUGUUCAGCAUAACGAUGCUAUUUUACUGGUUGUAAUACCUGCUACUCAGGCACUGGAAAUUUCAUCAUCGCGAGCCCUCAAAGCUGCAAAAGAAUAUGAUGCAGAAAGUACUAGGACCAUAGGUGUCAUUAGCAAAAUUGAUCAAGCAGCUUCUGAUUCAAGAGCUCUUGCAGCUGUUCAGGCUCUCCUCUUGAAUAAGGGACCCCCGAGGACAGCCGACAUUCCAUGGGUUGCUUUAAUAGGUCAAUCAGUUUCCAUUGCUUCUGCUCAAUCUGGAGGGGUGGGUUCUGAGAAUUCACUGGAAACUGCUUGGAGAGCUGAGAGCGAAAGUCUUAAAUCCAUUUUAACUGGGGCCCCCCAGAGCAAACUUGGUAGAGUAUCUUUGGUUGAGGCUCUUGCUGGUCAGAUUCGUAAUCGUAUGAAAGUCAGGGUUCCAAAUCUACUCUCUGGGCUUCAAGGUAAGUCUCAGAUUGUCGAGGACGAGUUGGUGAGGCUUGGAGAGCAGAUGGUUAAUAGUCCUGAAGGAACAAGAGCCUUAGCUUUGGAGCUGUGCCGUGAAUUUGAGGACAAGUUUCUCCAGCACAUUACGAGUGGUGAAGGUAGUGGUUGGAAGAUUGUUGCCAGCUUUGAGGGUAAUUUUCCUAACCGCAUCAAGCAGCUUCCCUUGGAUCGACAUUUUGAUAUUAAUAAUGUCAAAAGGAUUGUGCUAGAGGCAGAUGGUUAUCAACCAUAUCUUAUCUCUCCAGAGAAAGGACUUAGGUCUCUGAUAAAAAGUGUCUUGGAGAUGGCAAAAGAGCCAUCACGGCUCUGUGUCGAUGAGGUGCACCGUGUCCUGCUGGACAUUGUUUCUGCUGCAGCAACUGCUACACCAGGUCUUGGGAGAUAUCCUCCUUUUAAAAGAGAGGUUGUAGCCAUCGCAACUACCGCGCUUGAUACAUUUAAGAAUGAGGCCAAGAAGAUGGUGGUUGCACUUGUUGACAUGGAACGUGCAUUUGUCCCUCCUCAACACUUCAUUAGAUUGGUGCAGAGGAGGAUGGAAAGGCAGCGUCGUGAAGAAGAGCUAAAGAAUAGAUCUUCCAAAAGAGGAGCUGCUGAUGCAGAGCAAUCCACACUGAACAGGGCAACUAGUCCCCAAACAGGGGGUCAACAAAGUGGAGGUAGCUUAAAAUCCAUGAAAGAGAAACCAAAUCAGCAAGACAAGGAUGGGCAGGAGGGAUCUGUACUGAAGACUGCAGGGCCAGAUGGAGAAAUGACGGCAGGCUUUUUAUUGAAGAAAAGUGCAAAAACAAAUGGAUGGAGCAGGAGAUGGUUUGUUCUAAAUGAGAAAACUGGCAAGUUUUCAUAUACCAGGAAGCCAGAAGAGCGACUUUUCCGUGGUACCAUCAUUUUGCAGGAAUGUAACAUUGAAGAAAUCUCUGAUGAUGAUGAACCCCCUCCAAAAAGUUCCAAGGAUAAAAAAUCAAAUGGUCCAGAAUCUGGAAAAGGACCUGGUCUUGUCUUCAAGAUAACUAGCAAGGUUCAGUACAAGACAGUACUGAAAGCUCACAGUGCGGUGAUAUUGAAGGCUGAGUCUAUGGCAGAGAAGGUUGAGUGGUUGAACAAAUUGAGAAAUGUUAUCCAGCCUUCCGCUGGAGGUCCAGUGAAGGGAGAAUCUGGGCUCCCUCUCCGGCAAAGCCUCUCCGAUGGUUCUCUGGUGAGUCAUCUAAUGGUAUUGUGUGGUAACGAAUUCCCUCCCUUUCCCUUCUCCUGCAAGGGGGAAUAAAGAAACGACCAUCAACCCUUAAAACGAGAGAGAAAUCAGUUUGUUUAAUACUAAAAUCUCAAGGGUUGUAACUUGCUGCAAUUACAAUUCCUUUGAUAAAAUGUUUGUGUGCACAUUUCCAGAUCAUGUAAAUCUGUAUCGAUUCCUGCACUAAAUCCCUCAUAAGUUAAUAAUGGACGGAGGAAAAUAGGGGGUCCUUAGUUCUUUUGUGGAGUUCACAUAUUAUUCUCACAAAUCGUGGGUGUUGAUAAUUUGUGUGAGUGACGAACCUUUUAGAUAAAGGCUAGCACACGAGUAUGAUAGCUGAGAUUUCCAUGGUUUUGCAAUACUACAUGUUAUAGACACUAUUGGUCAUUAAACCUUUAGGAUUUAAGAAAUUGAGACACGAGUCAGUGCAGGAGGACGACUUGAAUUUGGUAGUUCAGGCAAACAAGAGCAAUCUCAACACCUCAGUGGUAUAACAGAUGUUCAUUACAGAGUUAUAGUAAUUCAGCUGUUUAGUGAAACAAAUAUAUUUGAGCAACUGAAAUCCAACAAAAUGUCAUUUGUCACUCCGUGUCCACUAUUAUUAGGAAUCUGGGACACGUGUACUUUUUCUCCAACCAAUUCCAUGUUGUCUAGUUGUCAGAUAUCUAUUGACAUCUUAGGAAUUUUCUUUUUUAAUUCACAGCUGCUUAAGAAAUUAAAUUGAUUGUACAUACUUUUUGUAAAGCUGCCAAAGCUUCGUAUGAAGAUACAUCAAGGUUAAAACUGAUAAUCAUAUACGAAGUAUUUGGGGAAGGGCUUCAAAACAGAUGUGAUAUAAAAACAGAUGUGAUGUCCUUUAUUAUUAUGAUUGAAAUUAAUGGACCCAUAUUGUUCCUUGUGCUAGCUAGCUUCGGUUUAGUAGUCAAUCUGGCUGCGAUUUCUUAUCUUCAUCUUGUGAUGAAUAGUUGGUGGUUUUUUCAUUUUUUGACUUUAUGGCAUCUAUUGUCUAUAAAGUUGCAUCUCCAUCUGAUUUUCCUUAUCGUUGGUAGGGGUCACACAAGGAGAUCUAGAUCAAGGGAAAAGGAUUACUUGAGUUCAGGAAGAUCCAAAGAGAGCCAUAAUGAGAAAAA